GCUCCCUAUCCUUUCUCCUUCACCAACAUCCGCUCUUCUCUCGUCGAGCCGUCGCAGGGACGCUCGUUGAGCAUCAUGUCUUCCUCAUCAGAUCCUGCACAAUCGUCGAUGGCCACUGAUGCCUCCGCUUCGACGGACACCGUGAACACAUCCGUCAGCCAGGGGGCAGACGGGGAAAUGCAUACAGCGACGACGGCCACGGGCAACGCUGGCAACGGCGAAGCUCGACCAUCCGACGGCAAGGCUGAAGCUACCGCCGCAGCGCCGGACACAUCGACCGGCGCUGCCUCCUCUACCGAAGACCUCGACGAUGUGGCCACGCUUCGCAGCCGCAUCGCCGACCUGACCAACCAAGUGACAGGUCUCAAUGGCAAGCUCGUCUCGUCCUUCAUGCGCAUCUCCGACCUCGAAGACGACCUCUCCGACGCCCGCGAGCGUGUCAUGUCUGGCACCACCCAGGUCGCCUCCCUCGAGAAAGAGAGGCAGGAGCACUUGGCUGCUCUCAACACGGGCCUGCUGGUGGAGAAGGCUCACGUGUCGACGGAAAUGACUCGUAUGAUGGAUCGUGUUAUCGAGGAAACGAAGCAAAGGGGACAGGCUGAGAGCGACAAGGCAAAGAUUGAGGCUGAGCUGGAUGAGCUGAGUGCAAGUCUCUUCAACGAGGCCAAUCGCAUGGUUGCGGUUGAGAGGCUGGCGAGGGCGAGGGCCGAGGAGAAGAGCAAGAGCAUGGAGGAGCGAUUGCAGGAUACCGAAGGCAUCAUGCUUGAGCAGCAAAAGGUGUUGGGCGAUCUGCAAAAGAAGCUGGAGGCUAGCAAGGAGGCUGGAGAGGCGGCGUCAAGCUCGAGGGCGCAGCACCAAGUGGGCUCGCCUUCAUCUUCGUCGGCUCCACCGCCCCUGGUCCUCAUGCUGGACAUUGUCCCCUAUCAGGAGCUCCACGCCUUCCUUGCCCACCUUCGCAAACUACGCAAACAGCUGGCCCCCUUCUACAACUAUCCUUACGACCCUUCCCGUCCCUACCUCUCGCACCGCAAGAACAGCUCAGGCAAUUACAUCGGCGGCGGCCAAUCUUCCUCUUCCUCUUCCUCUUCAAUACCCACCUCCCCUACACUCCGCUCAUCAGGCUCCUCUUCCUCGUCCGGCUUCACCCCAGCCUCAUCAGCAGAUGCGACUCAGACAUCUCCCUUCCUCCUCGCCGGCGUAUCCCGGCAUAAGGACUAUCCUCUCCUUCCCAGCAACUGCGAGUCUCUGGUCUCCCUCUCCUCCCAGCUCUCUCUCCCCUUCAUCAAGCGAUGUCAAGAAGAGGACUCGGACCCCUGCCUUCGUCUGGACUUUGCGCCCGGCUUGAAUUGGUUGAGCAGGCGACAAGCGAAUACGGCAAUCCUAGACGGGCAGCUCGUGAUUGAGCCCGUCUUCCCAGGAGGCAAGGUGGAGGAUGAGCAGGCAGUCCGGGCGCUUUAUAGACAUCUCCCUCCGGCCGCGUGUGCCCUUUGCGGGAUGCACGUAGUCAAUGUGCCAAUGCCUGGGGGCGCUGACGGGAAGGAAGAGGGAGCGUCCGCGACUGGGACCCCGGACUUGAGGUCGGUGACGAGCUGGGCGUCCAGCAUGGCUGGCUCGGCUGCUUCAUCGUUGAGAGAAGCGGCAGGAGGGAGCAGUACGCCCGGUGCCUCAUCGUCUUCGCAGUCCCUCUCUGUAGACUCAAGUGCAGGAGGGGAUGCCUCCUCAUCCUCAGCAGCGGCGACUACAACCGGCAGUGCGAGUCCAAAACCUCCCACCCUCAAGACGGCGCGUAGUGGCCUGUUCAGUUCGCUCAGCUCGCUGCGAGCGAAAGCAGGCAGUCCCAAGCUUCCCUUGUGGGCAGACGGCUCCGCAAGCGGUGAGAGCGCCCCAGCUAGCGAUGCAGCGAGCAGCACAGCUACCACGCCCGGCGCUUCCGCUACUCCUGGACCCACCCCCAAUUCGUCAGCCUCGACCACCCUCAUUUCCACCACCACGUCGGCUCACGACCAGCCUUACCCGCUCCCAGUCCCAACUCACAUCUUCCGUCUAUCCGAAACGGCCACCAGUCGCUACCUCCUUUGCCCGCACCACUGUCUUGCGCGACUUAGGGCGGCGUGCGCCUUCUGGGGCUAUUUGAGGAGUCUGGAGCGUCAGAUCGUAUUGGAGGGCAAAGGGUGGGACGAGGAUGGCGCACAAGAGAGGCGGACGGGUCGGGGGAAGGUCGCGGGCGUGCAGGUCAACGGGAGGAAGGAGACAUUGCCGACUCCGUUGCCUGUAUCGAAAGAGGAAGACGAGGAGGCGAAGGAGCCAGAGUCGGAAGCAACGCCAAACCCAACGGCGAAGGACGAGGCUGCCGAUGCCACCGCCCCUGUAGGCGAGAAAGCAGCCAUCAGCGAAGCAGAAGAGUCCUCGAAUGAUCAGCAGGGAGACAAGAGCUCAACCGACAAGGAGGCCGAAACCGACACGCAUAGCAAGCGUACCUCAAACGGGAGCAGUGAUGAUGACGAUGCCGGCUUUCAUGAUGCGGAGAGUCAGGGGCACGGCGCCGCCACUCCUGCGGACGAUCCUGAUGCGGAAGCGGGAGCAGAGAAGGACGAGGCAGCAGAGGAUGCUGAUGAUAGUGGAGCGACUGCUACUGUUACGGAGGAUACGGCCAAGGAUGAAGGGGCCGAGUCGGAGGCAGCGACGGACUCGGCCACGACUAGCGGGGGCAAGCAGCUCCCGAACCUGGACGUAGCCAAAGCGAAUGAGGGACGCUCGAAGUCUAGUAUGGCAGAAGGAGAGGAGGGCGUGGCCACGCCGAUCGCCUCGUCCGCCAUGUCACCAUCGGCUUCGGCGUCAUCAUCGUCAUCGGCACCUCCUGUCCCGCCGAGACGGCAGCAGCAGACCAGUGGAGCGGUAGGUCCACCAGCUUUGCCGGCUCGUCGCGACCGGGGAACUACAUUGCGGGCCUCUGGCCCUACUGCUGCUGCUACUACUACUGCCGCUGCUCCAGCAGCGCCUGCAGACCGCCCUCCGCAAGCGAAACGCACACUACGUGAGAACGCAAGUCACGAGGAGGACAGUGAGGAGGAAAGUGAUGGGAGGGUCAGCGGUCCAGCGACGAGCUGGGAGGAGAAGGUGUGGCUCGAGGUCGUGAAGCACAAGAGGGCCAUGUGGGAGGCAAGGGCCGGGUUUGAGAUGCGGUCGGAGGCGAUCACGACUCGACGAAAGGAGGAGAAGGCACUGCCCCUGUCGACGCCUGCGCCUGUGCGAGAAGCUGAAGCAGAGGCUGCGGGGCCUGAGGUUGUUGUCACGGCUGCGACUACCGAUGAGGGGAAGCGGAAGGGUGACGAGGCUCCGCAAGCGUGAGGAUGAGGGUAAUUGAUGAAGCAUUAGCGCGACAAGAUGAGAGGGCGAAUGAGUGAUACAUUGGUAUAAUUG